UUCUGUAAAGGUAUCCAGUUGUCGGAUCCAGACCUUGUUUUUACCAAUAUAAGGUGUAAAAUCAAGCUCUAACAUGACGACAGCUAAGAUGGUUGGGGCAGCGUGUCUCGGUGCGUGUGUUACUUUAGUGCUGUUUCUGUCUGUGGACUGGAAGAAUGCCGUGUCUGUGGAAAGGUGGAUCGACCAGCAAUCACCGCACUCUUCCGAACAUGAGCCGAGGAUUGCCGAAAAUUCUAAGACGAAAACAAAACCUGUUGCCAGAACACCAGCUAAGGAGGAGGUCAGCUCGGGACACUGCUCAGCCCGUACGAACUUCGUGUUUAUCAAGGUUCACAAGGCCGGGUCCUCUACAACUACCCCUAUAGUAGCACGGUAUGCUCUCCGGCAGAACUUGACAGUGAUGUUCCCCCUAGGGAGGGGAACUCUAAGCUGGCCCAACAUCCCCAGAGUAAAUGACUACGUGCACACGCCGGAUGAGAAGUACAGCGUUUUAUUCCACCAUACCGUGUACAACAAAGAAUGGAUGGAGAGCAAAUUCCCCGCCAACACGGCUUACCUGGCAAUCUUACGAGAACCUUUCAGUCACCUGAAGUCGAGCUUUAACUUCUACAGACUCGACCGUAUCUUGCCAUUCAAGGACAGAGAAAACCCUCUCAAGGAAUUCCUAAGAAACCCGGCCAAGUAUCACACCAGUGGAGUAGUGCAGGGUGUACUUGUUGACAACACGAAAAACGGACAAGCUUUCGACAUGGGAUACCCAGUGGAGAAAGAUAGAGACAUGCAAUAUGGACGUGAAUACAUCGAACAGUUGGAUCGAGACUUCACUCUCAUUCUUAUAUUAGAAUAUCUGGAUCUUUCUCUGGUCAUGCUCAAAAGGCUGAUGUGCUGGGAGACCAGAGAUAUGCUGUAUAUAAAAAGAAACAGCAAGACGUACCCGUACAAGUCCUACCAGCCCACAGAGGCAGAGAGAGCGGCCCAUCGUCAGUGGAGUCCGGUAGAAUACGCCAUGUACAACCACUUUAACCAGACUCUCUGGCGUAAGAUCAAUGAACAAGGUCCGGACUUCUUUGAGGAGUUGGAGUUCUUCCGACAAGUCAACAAACAGGUGAACGACUUUUGCAGCCACAAUAAACCUCAGACAGGAAAAGAUCUGCCGACGAAACAUAUUCCUGAGUCACCAUGGAGUGACGCAUUCGAUAUCACUCCCAACUUCUGUACCUUGUUAGGCAUGGAUUACGGCAGCAUUGACUCCCUCAUCAGAACAAAGCAAGGCAGACCAAUUUUGGAGAAACCUUGCGAGCAACAGAAAGUUAAGCUGAAACCGAACCUGUAUUUCGUACUUGACGGUCGUCCCGGGUUUCAAACAUUGGAAGAUGUCAUGAAAUACAACCCCAAGAAAAGCAAGAAACCACUGAACCAUGAACAGUCAUAUAUACUAGGAAGACUGACAAAGUCUUUCCAAAAAUGCAAGAAAAAACAAAAAGGCAUGAAAGAUCAUUUUCAUGAAGUUGCGGGGAACUUUAAGGUGAAAGUUAUCCAGGACGAGAUGUUGAACUUUCUGAAAGAAGAUUCAUAGAAAUUGACGUGCCAUGAUACUAAGAAUGAAUAAAUGAAGGGCCUUAAACUGUGAUGCUCUUACAGGAAAAGAUCUGUAAGUAUCUAUUUUGAUAAAGCAGCUAGGAGUACAACUACAGUGUUGUAAGAAUGUGGAAUCUUACUACAAUAACUAAUGUAUACUGGUAUAGCUUCUCGUCUCUUUAAGACAGCUGCAUGUAAGGACAAUUUGAACUUAAGAUCAAUGGUAUAUAUAACUGCACAAGGAAUACAAAUUUCCCUUCUAUUGAAAUAUCUAAAACAGAUCGUCGUGAUUGUAGUAGUAGCUUUGAUGAGGAUUGUCAUAAUAGAUAUCAUAAUUAGAUGUCAACUAUUCAAUCAGGAUCUGAUUUGCUUUAUCAUUGAGGACAAUUAUAGAGCUAUUCAAACAAGUAACGCACUAGUAUGCACUUACAUACACUGGCAAAGAUUAUGCAAAUUAAGACUUAAUUUGCAUAACCAAUGAGAAAAUAGUGUAAUGACUGCAUAGCAUGGUAAACUACGCUAUACAAGUUAGGAACUCAUUUGAUUAAUGAGGGAAUGCUACAAUAGCUACCGUUGUCAAGAUGAAACUUUUAUGCCCUGAACAAUCUUUAAUUGUCAAAAAUAAUAUCAACUAAUAACAAAUUAUUCAUAAUAAUAAAUAAUAAUCAUUCAUAAGGACCUACGUCUACAUUGAAUGAAAACAUUUAUGAUAUGCCAAUCGGAAAGGUUAACAUCAUUUGGUGAAGAUAUGCUCCAUUGAUCUAUUUUCAUAGUUUUGUAUCCGAUAGACAUGAUGCAUUUCCUCUUCCCCUUUCAUCCUUUAUGUGUUUAAAAUUUUCAACUAAGUUUUGACAGUGACUAUGUCUAUGAUCUUUUUAUCGUAACGGUGACUACAUCUACAAAAAAAUCCAAUAAAGUACAUAUGA